UAUAAGACUGGUGCGGCCGACCGGGUGGGCUUCCCUGCUAGAACAACCUCCCCCCACCGAACGCACUUGUACUUUUCCCCUUCCCUCUCUAUAUUCCUAAAAAGCAUACAACAUUUUUUUCUCCCCUUCAAGCCAUGGUAUCAUCCCCAGUCAAGAGCCCGUCGCCCCCAUCCACCACAGCGCCGCUGCCAGGCAACCCGCAGCAAUGGACAGUGGAUGAUGUGUGCCGGUGGGCGCAGACGCUGCCUCUGAUAGCCGACAUAUCGGCGGUGUUCAAGGAGCACGCAGUGGACGGCCAUGUGCUGGUCAACUACGUUACCAACACGGUGCUGGCAGACGAGCUGGGCGUGUCGGCAUUUGGCACACGCGUGCACAUCCUGGAAGCCAUCGAGACAUUGCGGUGGAACUCUGGGCUGUGUGCCAAGCAGGGCAAGGCGGACUCGCGCAGCGUCUCGCACACGCCGGAAACCGAGGGCUCGGCGAAGGAGCACUCCGACGGCGAGUCGCCAAAGCCGGCGUCGAAGCGGUCGGCGUCGCGGAUUGCCGAUGCCGAGAAGAAGCGGCAGAAGCGGGCGGAGCUGAAGAAGAACCCGGUGCUCUAUGCCGAGUACCUGCAGAAGGAGAGGGAGCGCAAUGCCAGACGAAGGGCCAGGCUGAGGGCCGAGCGCGGCAGGUCCGAUGGCUCGCAGGAUGCGGGCAGGCCGGCGUAUGUGCCGUAUGCGGCCCAGGAGCAUAAGCGCGCGGCCUCCACGUCGUCGUCGCUGUCGCUGUCGCCGUCGCUGCCGUCGCACUCGCCGAGUCUGGCGGCUGCGUACAUCCAGCCGCUGCAGCCGCCCGUCCAUAAUCUGCGCCAGGGGCCUGAGCCCGAGGCAGAGCCCGGCCACCAGCAGACAGCCCAGGUCUAGCCCUUUGCCUUUCCUGAUUGACUUUCUCUUCUGCUUCGCCUGCAGCUGCACUUUUCCCACUUGUAAAUAAAUUCCCUUUCUGCUCCGGAA